UGGGUCAGAAGUUUGUCAGUUGGCACGUUCGAGUUUGUUUGGUUGCUUCGACUACACACACACAAAAUUUUCCCUACUCCCCCGCUACAAACCAACCAACCAAAUACAGAGAGCCAAAAACAGUGGAGAUAGCAGAAAUGUCGCAGCUGAACAACACGGAGGCGCAGCAUAGGCACUUCAUCACGCGCAGCAGUUAUGAGGGCGCCUGGGACAGGUUGGUGAAUGUGAUGGACGGAUUUGGGAGCUACCGCUAUCCGGAUGGCAGCGAGUAUCGGGGCAGGUUCCACCAGGGCCAGUUCCACGGCUAUGGCCAUCUGCGACUGGCCCAGCCGUACCGCUUUACGGUGAAGGGUGAGUUCGAGCACGGUCGUCUGGUGACGGUGGAGGACAUGUGGUUCUCCGACGGCCUGCAUGUGGAUGGCAGGUUUAACGGCAUGACGUUGCAGUGCGAUGAAUGGGAUUACCUGACGCCCAAGGAUCGGCGUUAUCAUGCCGAGCGUCGCUAUGGCCAACAGCCGGUGGGUCCCACCGCGUUUCUCACGUCCAAAAUGCAGCCGAGGGAUAUACCCGAUCAUUGCUAUGACGUGGAGGAGGGUCUGUUCAACAGCAAGACCUGCUGGAUGACGGACCGACCGAGUCCGCUCCACCACGUCAUGUACGUGAGCUGUCAGCAGGAUAAGGAUUGGAUCCAGAGGAAUUGCCGCAAGGCUAGAACCUCACGUAUAAUUGAACCGCCUUCCGAUUUCUGUCGCCGCAUCAUAGCCAACAAUUUAGCCACGGAACGAGCCCAGUUGCGAAGCACGGCCAUCUAUGCACCCAAUGGCCAGGUGGAUCGGGAGCGCUACUUCCACAAGCUGACCAAGAAGCGGGGUCAGCCUAAGGAGCCGCUGGAGAACACUCCAAAACGACCCCUGCCCGCCGACGAUCCCGCCUGGGAGACGGAGAAGUGUGUGCGUGCCUAUGCCAGGAUCUUGGAGAAACGGCAGAAGGAUCAGCAGGAGCUCCAACGUCUGUAUCCCUGCGCCAAGGUGGAGAAGGUGCUGAAGCCACGCAGCUGGUCGAGCACCUCGGAUGUGCGCAAUCCGCAGUCGGGUGGCCCCUCCAGCUGCCAGACGGACAGCUUUGGCGAGGACGAACUGGUCCUGAACAUCGAGGAGUCCUACCGCUCGGCCAACAACAUGAUGCGCAAGCGGACGGCGGACAACAUAAAUGUGGUGCAAUCCAAUCUUAUACGGCGAAAUAGCUACAUGGACAUGACCCGUUCCAUCUUCGAGUUGUAGAUGCCCGCAUAUUGAUGUGUUUAUAUAUGUUUUUUCUUUUCUAUUUAAAAUUUCACCUUUAACUCUCUGAGAAAAUGAGUGCAAUUGCUUUGUACUCUGUAAAAUAAAAUUCAACGUUUUUUAAA